AUGCCGCGCUGCUUCUCCUGGGCCGGCCACCGCCUACCGAUCCUCACCUGCGUCCCCUGCACCGGCGAUGCCGCCGGCCGCCCGUGCAGCCCGUCCAGCCCCUCCAGCCACGCCGCGGAGACCUCCAUGAGCCUCCGCCACCGCGGCGACGGCAGCGGCAGCGUGGCUGGCCGCGCCGCGCGCAAGUUCACGCUGGAGCAGCUGUCCGCGGCCACGGACGGCUUCUCCGCGUCCAACCUGCUCGGCCAGGGCGGCUUCGGCAGGGUGUACAGGUGCCACCUCCGCCUGGACGACGACGACGACGAGGCCGCCGCGCCGACGCCGGUGGCGGUGAAGCAGCUGUGCCGCGGCGGCGCGCAGGGGAGCCGCGAGUUCGUGGUGGAGUGCGCGAUGCUGAUGACGCUGCGGCACCCCAACCUGGUGGCCCUCGUCGGCUACUGCGCGCAGGCCCAGGAGCGGCUGCUCGUCUACGAGCUCCUCCCCCGCGGCAGCCUCGACGCCCACCUCUUCCGCCCUCUCCCCGCCCAAGGCAAUGGUGACCGGCCUGCGCUGGAGUGGAACACGCGGGUGAAGAUCGCGCACGGCGCGGCGAGGGCGCUGCGGUACCUACACGAGGCGGUGUCGCCGCCGGUGAUCUACCGCGACCUGAAGCCGUCCAACAUCCUCCUGGCCGACGACUUCACCGCCAAGCUGUCCGACCUGGGGCUGGCCCGGAUGGGGCCCUCCGGCGACGACACCCACGUGUCCACGCGCGUGAUGGGCACCUUGGGCUACUGCGCGCCCGACUACGCGCUCACCGGCCGCCUCACCGUCAAGUCCGACGUCUACAGCUUCGGCGUGGUGCUCCUGGAGCUCAUCACCGGCCGCAGGGCCUUCGACCCCGACGCCGGCGACGAGAGGCGCCUCCUGGACUGGGCCAGGCCCUACCUCGGCGACGUGCGCAAGAUGUACGGCCGGCUGGCCGACCCGGCGCUGCGCGGCCGCUUCCCUCGCCGGGCGCUCUACCAGCUCGCCGUCGUCGCCUCGCUCUGCCUCCACGACAGGCCCAACCUCCGGCCGACCAUGUCGGACGUCACCCGGGCCAUCGACCACGUGGCCUCGCAGCCCUGGCAAACCCAUCAUCGUGCCAAAUCGUGCCAAAUAUGAAAUUCAAUCUUCUUGUUGUAGAAGUAUAUACCAUGAUAAUAUGAAGGUAUGUUUAUGCGAAAUCAUAUGA